AUGAAAGCACUCGCAGAUGCAGCCGCGGCAAGGAAAGAAGCAGAAUACGAUGUAUUAAUAGCUGAGAGAGAGAACGAAAGAAAACAACUGGAAGCCGAAGAAGAACAGGAUCGAAUCGCAGCAAGGGCGCAACACGAAAGAGAUAUGGCGGUUUUGGCAGCAACGAAAAGGAAAGCUUCGGCUGAAGCGAAACUCGAGGCCAUUGAACAGUCCAUUAACGAAGAAAGGUCAUCUUCGAACAAAUCGGAGGAAGGCGAAAGAUCUAGCGUAAUGUCAAGGCUACACACUAAAGCCUCGAUACAGGACCAACAACGGGACAAGACCCAGCUAGAAUCUAAAAGAUUAGAAGCAAAUAAUUUGUGUGUUUGUAUGCGCACUGAAAACCCACAAAUGAUGGACGUAGAAUUGUCUCAUACAGACAAUGAGCUGCACAUCAAGUCACAAACCCAAGAUGUUCACGAUAACCUCGGGGCAAUACUUCAGGGAAGUAUGAAAGUUGCCACAACAAACGAAAAAUUGGCCUCGAGUCUAGCGUGA